AUGCAUGCUGGCUUCAUCCCGUCGGCCGUGGAGGCGCUCCGCGCCGCAGUUGCCGAGCCCGACGUCUUCUCGCCGGAUGAGUACGUGCGGUCGCUGCGCCGGAACCACGGCGACGUGACCAAGGCCGCGAUGCAGCUCAAGGCCAAGGCCAAGUGGCUGGCCGAGCACCAGCUUGGCAACCUCAGCCUCGCCAAGCCAUCGCUUCAGCGCGAGGCGAAGAAGGACUACCUCCAUGUGCUGCACGACGCGCACGACAAGUGCAAGUGCCCGAUCGUGCUCUUCAACCCGUCGCGCUUCAAGCCCACGUCCGAAAGCGACAAGCUCGUGGCCGGGAACGAGCUCGCGAAGGACCAUGGCGGGCACGCCGAGGCGACGAGCACGCUCGAGGACGCCCGCCGGUACAUUGUGUACAUUGUGAGCCUCGCGAUCGAGCUCAUGGAAGACGAACAUGCCCCUGGCAUCGUCUACCUCGUGGACCUUGAACGCGCUUCGUCGGCCAUGGUCUCGGACGCGAGCUCGGUACACCUCCAGCUGCUGCAGAUGCUCAAGGAGUACUUCCCCGAGACGACCCAGUUGGUGUUUGUGCUGCACAUGGCCGCGAAUAGCCUCCUCAUGCGCGGCGCAACGUCGCUGCUGCUCAAAGGUCUCGGCGCGGCCGAGGCGACGGCCGCCAAGGUGCACUUUGUCGCAGACCUGCGGGAGCUCCAGCAGUACUUUGAGGCGCCAAGUCUACCGGACAAGUACGGCGGCCAGUACCGGCUCACGACGCCAGCGCAGUGGAUGUCGGUGCAGGCCGAGCUCGAAGAUGUCGAUUUGGACACGGUCGAGCAGGAAGAGGCCAAGACGUACAUGACCAAGCAAGCGCGCGAACUCAACGGGAUGCAGUACGCUGCGUGCUCGGUCACCGAAGUCGUCGAGAUGAACUCGACCGUGCUCCGGGGCGCGCUCUAUCGCAACAAGAGCGGGCUUAGUUGGGUCAAGAUGUACGCAGUGCUCCGCCCGGACGCGCUUCUCCUCUACGACGACAUGAAGGGCAAGAUGCCGAUGGUCAUCAUCCCCAUCAACGACGAGAUCCAAGCCAUGACGGCGCAGUUUGCGGACGCGCCCCGGGGCACGUUUGGCUUCAAGAUUGACGUGGCUGGGAUCCCUGGCGGCCACCUCUUGUGCGCAAGCAGCGAGAAGGAGCGCAGCAACUGGCUCCAGGACAUCCAGAUGGGCAUCCAGAGCUUCGAGGAGCAACACGCGCAUGAAGUGUACGAAGAGGAGCGCAAGAUCGAGAUGGACAAGGCGUUUGAGAAGCUCGACAUGAUUGACCUCUCGACCGAUCUCCCACCGGUUGUGACGCCGGCCAGCCCCGCGGCCCCGACGCCCAUCAAGAUGACCGACCUCGGGGCGCUGCUGCCCAAUCCCGUCAACGGUAUGGACCGCUUCCAGGCCUCGCCCAACGUGGCCCAGCGCUCCGGGGUUUUGCGCCGCCACCUCGCGGGUACGCGCCCCAACCUGAACAUAACCCGCUGCCGCCGCCCGGGUAUGGUGCUCCUCAGCCUGGGUAUGGUGCUCCUCAGCCUGGGUAUGGUGCUCCUCAGCCUGGGUAUGGUGCUCCUCAGCCUGGGUAUGGUGCUCCUCAGCCUCGGUAUGGUGCUCCUCAGCCAGGAUACGGUACUCCACAGCCAGGAUACGGUACUCCACAGCCUGCGUAUGGAGCCCCACAGUCCACGUAUGGUGCUACUCCGCCUACGUAUGGAGCUCCCCACCCUGGAUACGGCGCCCCUCCCCCUGCUCCUCCUCAGCCUGGGUAUGGCCCGCCGCAGCCUGGUUAUGGCGCCCCGCAGCCUGGGUAUGGAGCUUCCCAGCCUGCGUAUGGGGCUCCUCAGCCUGUGUAUGGUGCGCCUCAGCCAGGAUAUGGCCCAGGCCAGCCAGCUCCACCGUAUCCAGGGUACGGUCCGCGGCAAGCCAAACCGAGGGUUUUAA